AUGAAACGAGUUCUACUGCCUGAGCGUGCAAACUGGCAACAAGCACAUCAAGAGAUUGGUUUUGACUACUACAACUUGCCGUCGCGGGAUGGUUCAAUGUAUUGGUCAGAAGGGGUGGCUUAUGAGUUUAGCCUCAAGCAAAUUGAACAGCUUGAAGAUGCCUCGAACGAAUUACACCAGAUGUGCCUUGAAGUGGCAGGGGAUAUGAUUCAACGCGGUCAUUAUCCCGAAUAUUUUCAAAUCCCCCCAGCAGCGAUUCCUCUGAUUGAGCACUCAUGGAAAAACCAAGCGCCGAUGCUGUAUGGCCGUUUCGAUUUUGCCUAUGAUGGUCAAGCCAUUAAAAUGCUGGAAUACAAUGCCGAUACGCCAACGGGUUUACUCGAAGCCUCUGUUGCACAGUGGCAUUGGAUUGAACAGGUCGAAAACAUUGCAAACCGUGAUCAAUUCAACAGCAUUCAUGAAAAGCUGAUUGAGCGUUGGAAACAGCUCUAUCCUGCGCGUAGCCGCGUCCAUUUCGCAGCCUGCCAAGAAGCAGGGCGUGAAGAUUGGGGCAAUUUAGAAUACCUCAUGGAUACUGCUUUUCAGGCAGGCUUAAAUGUCAGCGAACUGUCGAUGGAAAACAUCGGUUGGAAUGGCACAGCCUUUGUCGAUUUGCAUCAGCAAGAGAUUCAGCAUUUAUUUAAGCUGUAUCCGUGGGAAUGGAUUUGGGAAGAAAGUUUUUCGCAGUUUCUCAAACCCGAAACCGAAUGGAUUGAACCAUGUUGGAAAAUGCUGCUCUCCAAUAAAGCCCUAUUGAUCGAGCUAUGGAAACGCUUUCCGAAUCAUCCAUUAUUGUUAGAAACCCAUGCUUAUGAUGCGCACGCCCACUACGCAGGGAAAUGGGUGCGUAAGCCCAUCUUAGCGCGCGAAGGCGCAAAUAUUCAUAUCCUACAAAACAAUGUCGAUUGUGGCGCAGCCUCAGGUAGUUUUUACUUCGAUGACUACGAUAAAUAUGGCUAUGUCAUGCAACGCUGGGUAAAAACUCCGUUGCAUGAAGGCAUGCUGCCCACCUUGGGACUUUGGAUGGUCGGGGAUGAAUGUGCUGGGAUGUCACUGCGUGAAGAUGUGUUUGAUGUGAUUGGCAAUGAUGCGCAUUUUGCUGCGCAUUAUUUUGUGGAAUAA